AUGAAUCUCACAGGAGUUGAAGAGGAGUUCUGCACCCAGUCCUCCAACUUCUCCUGUUUUGAAAGGAGACUAGCGUCACUAACAGCAGUGGACGUGCUGAUGUAUUCGGCUGCAGCUGCAGUUGUGUUACUGACAGUGUGUGGAAACCUGCUGGUGAUCAUCUCCAUCUGUCACUUCAAGCAGCUCCACACACCAACCAACCUCCUCCUCCUCUCUCUGGCUGUGGCUGACCUUCUAGUUGGAGCACUUGUGAUGCCUUUCCACUUUAUUCAGUUGAUAGAAUCACACUGGUGCUUUGGUGCAGUAAACUGCAUUAUUGAUAUUGUAUUAACCUUUUUCUUGACUUGUGUGUCAAUUUAUAAUGUUGCUUGUAUUGCUGUGGAUCGAUAUUUUGCUCUCUGCAAUCCUUUUCUCUAUUGUACCAAAAUGACAGUGAGCAUAACCUUGAAGAUAAUAUCCAUGAUAUGGUUGUCUGUAUUUGUCUACAUCAUGCUUCUUCUUUAUUUCAACGGAAGCAUCACUGACAUGACAGGAAAUACUACAUGUGCUGGAAGGUGUGGUGUUCAAGUCAGUGAAAACUGGGCUGUUGCUGAUUUUACAAUAGCAUUCCUUGUGCCAUGCCUGAUAAUAAUAAUUAUGUACUUGAAGGUUUUCGCCAUUGCUAAAAAGCAUGCAAAGACUAUUAGGAGUGUUCAAGAACAACAUCGUUCAAAGGAUUCAGAAAAAAUGAAUUCUGAAAGAAAAGCAGCAAAAAAACUGGGUAUUCUAGUGUCCAUGUUUUUGUUGUGUUUACUACCUUAUUACAUAGCUCUUAUCAUUGCUAUGUACAUAAGAACAUCUUCUUUGUAUCUUUCAGCUAUGCAUGUGUUGAAUUUGCUAUAUCUAAAUUCUUUCAUCAAUCCAAUCAUUUAUGCCCUAUUUUAUGCAUGGUUUCAGAAGUGUUUUAAACUCAUUUUAACAUGUAGGAUAUGUAACUCUGAAUCCUCGCUGAUAAAUGUGUUUUUAAAGGACACAUAA